GGGAUAACUUUUUUAUUUGGGGGGGGGAGAGGGGAGAGUUCUGGCAAGGAACGAAAACUGUUAAACAGCCCCUACGAGGUCGGGAACACGCUCGCUCUUCCCGCUUGCCCGACACACGGGGAAGGGGCAUGACAACGCGAAGAGUUCCAUAGCCGGCGAAACUUUUCUUUGACGGACGCGUGGCCGCCACCACUCCCCCCCACUGCUCGCUCGCUAGACUCCACCCGAGUACAUUUUUUUUCUUUUCUUUUUUGGCAACUUCAAACUGUUGAGAGGGCCGGGCAAAGGGGAUAUCUUUCGCGACGAAGUAAGAACGGAACUUUUGGCUUGCUUGCUUCACGGACUAACGGCGAGCGUCAUCAUCUCCGCAGACGCGCAUCCAGCAGUGAGUGGCCGCGCGUGGACCAUUUUGUUACAUUCCAAGGCGCUGGAUAUUUUCCGAGAGAGAGAGACGCUCAUCUCCGGGUUGAGGGACCCUCUGGUCGAGGGAGCUAGCUCCAUGUGCCCCGCGCACUAGCUCAGCAGGACCGUCCAUCACGAUCGCUAUGGGCACUUUCCGGAUAUCGCUGUGGGCUGUCAUCUACCUGGGAGCCGUGUUCCUCUCGCCCUGUCUGUCCACCUUCUCGUCGUCGGCACGCUAUCACCUGCAAUCUUCGUCCAUCAGCCACGGGCAGCUGUCAUCAAGUCGCCCCGCCAGCAGACACAGGAACUGGUGCGCGUACAUGGUAAGCAAGACGGUGACGUGCCCGGCGGAGGAUGGAGUGGAGACGUUUGUCAAGGCCGAGUACCACACCUGCAUGUGGGGUCAUCUCAACUGCCAGCGCGCCGUCACGUAUCGUACCUUUGUACGGCCACAGUACAAGAUUGCCUACAAGACGGUGAAUGAGAUGGAGUGGCGAUGCUGCCCAGGCUACAGCGGGAACGGCUGCACCGACGGCCCCGCGCCCAGCCCUGGAGACACCUCAUCAUCCUCUUCCUCGUCAUCAUCCUCAUCACCCUCCUCCUCAUCCUCCUCCUCAUCACCGUCUUCCCCAGGCUCGGGCCAAGCGAGGCCGAGCAACGGGGCCUCUGGCUCCCUCUUCCCAACCAGGAACGGUGGAGGCUCACGUCCCGCGGUGGUAGGCGUCCCCACGGCGCACCGGCCUGGUAGCUUGGGCCCGGCGCCUAGACCCGAUCGACCCUCACAGCGCCAACGGCCUGGCGGGCUGGUGCCGCUGCAGCAGCAUCCACACCCUAAUGGACGGGUCCCGGACAACCCCCACGGUGACAAAAUCACCCGGCUGGAAAACGAGAUGCACCGCCUGGCGGAGGCGUUCGGCACCCUGCAGUCCACGGUCAACGGCCUCAAGCUGACGCUGGAGGAGGACUCGAGCCAGCUGCGCAGCCUCAUCAUCAACAGCAACGGCCACGGCAAGGAGGGCUUCCGCCCACCUGUCAGCACGCUGGGACACGACACCCACCACCCGGAGCCCGCAGUCCGGGGCGCCAUCACCGACGUGGCCGUUGCGUGGCGGCCAUCUGACGUGCUCGGCAGGCUCGACAGGUUCAACGACACCCUCCGGCGAAAGGCCACGGCCCUGGAUCAAAUCCAGGGGCUCGUCCGGAGCCAGGAUGCGAAGAUCGACGACUUGCUGCGCAAGGUGAAGGCGUGUAACGAGCCAUGCCCGCCCGACCGUGGCGGUGGCGGCAGCGAUGGGUCGACAUCGCGGCCGGGCGGCGUGGGCACUGGUUCUGGUGGUGAGAGAGGCGAUGUGAGAAAUCCAGGCUCGAGCCACCCUGGGGGUCCAGGGCAGUGGCUUCCAGGAGGCAAAGGAGGUGGAAACAUGGAACAAGGCACUGGGACCGACGGUCAACAUAGACCUGGCAGCACAGUUCCCAGAUACCCUGGAGGCCCAGGUUUUUCCACGCCGAGAGGUGAAGGGCAAGGACAGGCUUGGGUCCCAGGUGUAGGUUCAGGAGAUCAGGUGGGUGUUGGCCAUGGAUCAACCAUCCCAGGUGGUACAGGCACCGGUCACACUUGGAGACCGGACUCUGCUGUUGGUGGAGAAGGAGGUGGAGUUGGUGGUGGAAGCCAAUCUGGAGGACCAGUGUUUGUGAUUCCAGGAGGAAGAGGGUCAGGCGACACAUUAGGACCAGGGACUGGAGGAGGAGGUCAGCUAAAGGUUGAUAGUCCUGGGUCUAGCUACCCAGGGGGUCCAGGCCUUUAUAUGCCAGGAGGUACAGGGUCAGACCAGGAUGGAGUGGGUGGCCCAGGAGAUAGAUUUGGGCCAGGAGGUGGAGUUGGUGGUCCAGGAGGUGGAGUCGGUGGCCCAGGAGGUGGAGUUGGAGGCCCAGGAGAUAGAUUUGGACCAGGAGCUGGAGUUGGUGGUCCAGGAGGUGGUGUUGGUGGUCCAGGAGGUACAGGGUCAGACCAGGGUGGUGUUGGUGGCCCAGGAGGUGGAGUUGGGCCAGGAGGUGGAGCUGGUAGCCCAGGAGGUGGAGUCGGUGGUCCAGGAGAUGGUGUUGGUGGCCCAGGAGGUGGAGUUGGUGGCCCAGGGGAUAGAUUUGGGCCAGGAGGUGGAGUUGGUGGCCCAGGAGGUGGAGUUGGUAGCCCAGGAGGUGGAGUUGGUAGCCCAGGAGGUGGAGUUGGUGGCCCAGGAAGUGGAGUCGGUGGUCCAGGAGGUGGAGUUGGUGGUCCAGGAAGUGGAGUCGGUGGUCCAGGAGGUGGAGUUGGUGGCCCAGGAGAUAGAUUUGGGUCAGGAGGUGGAGUUGGUGGUCCAGGAGGUGGUGUUGGUGGCCCAGAAGGUGGUGUUGGUGGCCCAGGAGAUAGAUUUGGGCCAGGGGGUGGAGUCGGUGGUCCAGGAGGUGGAGUUGGUAGCCCAGGAGGUGGAGUUGGUGGCCCAGGAGGUGGAGUUGGUGGCCCAGGAGGUGGUGUUGGUGGCCCAGGAGAUAGAUUUGGGCCAGGGGGUGGAGUCGGUGGUCCAGGAGGUGGAGUUGGUAGCCCAGGAGGUGGAGUUGGUGGCCCAGGAGGUGGAGUUGGUGGCCCAGGAGGUGGUGUUGGUGGCCCAGGAGGUGGUGUUGGUGGCCCAGGAGAUAGAUUUGGGCCAGGGGGUGGAGUCGGUGGUCCAGGAGGUGGAGUUGGUAGCCCAGGAGGUGGAGUUGGUGGCCCAGGAGGUGGAGUUGGUGGCCCAGGAGGUGGAGUUGGUGGGCCAGGAGGUGGAGCUGGUGGCCCAGGAGAUAGAUUUGGGCCAGGGGGUGGAGUCGGUGGUCCAGGAGGUGGAGUCGGUGGUCCAGGAGGUGGAGUUGGUGGUCCAGGAGAUAGAUUUGGUCCAGGAGGUGGAGUUGGUGGUCCAGGAGGUGGAGCUGGUGGUCCAGGCGAUAGAUUUGGUCCAGGAGGUGGAGUUGGUAGCCCAGGAGGUGGAGCUGGUGGCCCAGGAGGUGGAGUUGGUGGUCCAGGAGAUAGAUUUGGGCCAGGAGGUGGAGUUGAUAGCCCAGGAGGUGAAGCUGGUGGUCCAGGAGAUAGAUUUGGGCCAGGAGGUGGAAUUGGUGGUCCAGGAGAUGGAGCUGGAGGCCCAGGAGGUAGAGUUGGAGGCCCAGGAGGUGGAGUUGGUGGUCCAGGAGGUGGAGUGGGUGGCCCAGGAGGUGGAGUUGGUGGCCAAGGAGAUAGAGUUGGGGGUCCAGGUUCUAGUUACCCUGGGGGUCCAGGAGGUAUGGGAUCUGAUCCGACAGAUCAGCUAGAUCCAGACGGAAAAUUUGGUUCAAAGGACACAAUUCAGCCUGGAGUUCAUGGAGAGCCACAGUUCAAAACACCACCACCUCCCAGAGGAUCACACCCUGGAAUUAACACCAUCAAUCAUAUUGAUCAGGAAACCCUCGAUCGAAAAUUGUCGCAACUCAAAGGGGAAAUUCUUCAAGAGAUACAGUCGAAGAUGCCACUAACUGCAGUAGAUGCCAGCAGCUGUCCCUGUGAUCCUGAGAUCUUCGAUCUCCGCGAGAGGUUAGAGGAGGGGCAGGAGUCGUUGCGACGAAUGCAAGAUCAGAUCACGGCUUCGAACUCUGGACAGGACCGUAAGUUCGGCGACAUUCAUGCACAGCUCGAAAUGCUCGCUCUGACGUCUCUGUCUGACGGCGCCACCGCCAACGGGCGGCCCUGCUGCGACUCAGUGCAUGACUUCGACGGUCGACUCUCGGGCCUCGAGAGGAACAUCUCGUCCGUGGCGGACGCUUACAGAGUGCUGAACUCCCGUCUGGACAACGAGCUGGCCGCAAUUGCUGUCGCACCGGAGGUGCUGCAGGAAGCCUCGGAGUUGACGUUCCAAGACCGCCUGGCUGACCUGGAGGGCCGGCUGAACGCGUCGGAGAAGAAUGCAGAGGAGCACUGCCUAUAUGCCCAGGAUCUGCUGGAGGCAAAAUUGUCUGACCUCCAGGAGAAGCAGCGGGAUGACUUGGACAGUGUAAGGGGAGACCUGGAAGCGCUGCGCGAGCUUGUUAGCGCACUGCGGGGAACGGCGCACGCCGACCCCUCUGGUCCCGUGGACUCAGUUGACCUCUCUGAUGAAUUGGUCAACCUCCUUAACCAUCGAUUCAAGGAUUUGGAGAGGAAACUGAACAAGACAAUGUGGGAAGCUGUUCACAAUGCCAGCGGCUCGGCGAGGCCCCACAGCAGUGGCCUAGACUUACCAGACAGCCUGAGAGAUGCCUUGGAUCAACUGGCGAGCGACGUAGAUGGAUUCCACAUCCAGGAAUUUGCCACGAACUUGUCGGCCGUCACCAAUGAGCUCAACAAACUGAAGGCACGCCUCGACGGUGGCAAUUACGAAACUGGCCUCGACACGGACGGCUUCUGCUCGGAGCUCUGUGAAGCAGAGGUGAAGAGAGUUUCGGAGAGAGUGGACUCUUGCGACGAUAGAUACCGCGAGCUGGCUGACAGAAUAGAGGCAAACAGGCGGUACGCCACAUCGCUUAAUCACACGUUCAACCAGCGACAACCCCAGCCUCCCACCACUUCUGGUGGACGUGGAAGCAGCGGCGGCAGCGGUGGUGGUGGUGGCGAUGGUGGUGGUGGCAGCGGCGGCCGUGACAGCGGCAGAGGUGGUGAUGGCGGCGGAGGCUUCAGUGACAAUGACAAUGGUGAGGAUGAUGUGGCGGUCCACCUCACGUUCUUGCGGGGAGAGGUGAAGACACUCAAGGGGCAGGUGCACUCUCUCAACACGACACUGAAAGGUAUGAACGACUCCCUCUAUAACAUCGGUUUUGUCGGUGUGAGUGACACGGAGGGCAACGCCGACGAUGACGACAUGAGCGCCAAGAUCUCCUGGAUCUUCCCAGGUGAGCGCCCUCCGAUCCGAGGGCAUGGCCGCAUCAUCAAGACCCUCGAGGGUGAAACGAUAAGUUUAGCCCCCGCCAAGGCCAACGGAGAGGGCGGCGGUGAUGACGAUGGUGGCUGCAGCGGCAAAGACCGGGAGAAUUUCGAGCGGCGAAUCGGCAACCUGGAGGGAAUGUGCGGGAAGCUGACGUCUGUCGCCGGGAGCCUCGACCGGAUCAAGGACGGCCUGAACAAGCACGUGACGGCGCUGUGGCAGUGCGUGAACAGCAUGAACGUGACCCUGCGGACGCACGGCGAGGGGAUUGACAGCCUGCAGGACGCGUGCGGCAACACCCGCGCCGACAUCGAGGAUCGCCUGAGGUCCCUCAACGACACCGUCUUCCAGAUCCUGCACGACCCUCAGGAUGUCUUCUCAGGACUUGGAGAUUUCUCGAAGCCAUCGCCUGGUGUUCCAGGACCCCCCGGCCCUGCCGGUCCUCAUGGCCCCAUCGGCCCUGUUGGCCCACGGGGCCACCCAGGGGCCCAAGGACAACAGGGCCUCAAGGGAGAGGCAGGGCCACCUGGCCCAGAGGGCCAACUCGGUGGUUGGGGCGCGCUCUCGGGCCCCGUGGCAUUCUCCGCCGCCGUGCGCGACCAUCAGCCCGAGAACACCGUCAUCAAAUUCAGCCUCGUGCUCGUCAACGACGGAGACCACUACGACCCCAACACAGGCAUUUUCACGGCGCCGGUGAGCGGCCGCUACCUCGUCACCUCCGUGCUGGUGCCGGAGAAGAACAACCACGUGUUCGCCAUCCUGAGCCGCUCCAACCACUCGCUGCUCUACGUCGACUCCUCCGGCCCGCGGCCCGAGGAGAUCGAAAAGACCCUGCAGGCCAAGCCGAUGGCGGAGGAGGCCUCGCUGGGCCAGGCGGUCAUCAGCGUCAUCCUGCCUCUGGCCGCGGGCGACACGCUCUGCAUGGAGCUGGUGGAAGGCCAGGUGCACGCCUCCGAAGACCCGUACAGCACGUUCAGCGCAGCCCUCCUGUACGGCGACGAGUUGAGAUAACCGCGUCCCGCCGUCGUCGAUGAGGGAGCGUCCUCCGUAUCGGAGGCGACGGGGCCUCCGCGAGCCGGGUCGUCGUCGCCGCCGCCACCGCCGGCACGUUGAGAUGAACCUUGGUGUCGUUUCGCGAAACGCCGACCAGCAGCCGUUCCCCUCUGCUCUCUCGAGAAGAGAAGUAUCGUUGUUCAGGUCAAAGAAAUUGGGAUACGGUUCGAGAAAAAAAUGUCCAGGCCGGCGAGAUCGCGUUGCCGUCCUUUUGAAUAUAAAUUAUUGGAGUGGGUCUGCGCAGACGUGAGAUUAACGACGGGGCACUAUUCCGGGCCGAUGCGCAACGAUAGUUGAGAUGCACCCUCGACUCUGCACCUCCGAUUAGGACGGUUGGCAAAGUCCGGUGCGAAAGAAGUUCAACAUCCACUCACAUACGACAGGUUUGUUGUGUUAUUGCAGUCAAUAUAACCGCCAUCGGCACGCCUGGUGACAUUUUAAUUAGGCGGCGUUGAACGCAGUUAUUUUUUGUAUUUGUUUUGUACUUUUGAUAACCAAAACAACCAUGUGCACUGAAUGCUUGUGCGUCGUUUAAUCUGCUGUGUCGGCUUAGGAAGGGACUCUUUUUAAGUGGCACGUCUUUUUUUAUUACACUUACCGCUUUAUAUGUAUGUAUUUAACUUAAUGUUUUGCCACGGUAUACCUUCCUGCUUUACGCUUUGAACCCUUUUAAUCUUUUACACGAUUUAAAUGUCGUAGACUCAUUAUAAAACCACAAACAUGUCUUUUCUUUCACAAGCUAUUUCUUUCUUUUAAACGCACUGUAUAUUUUGCCGACAAGCAAAGCGCUCUACAUAUUUGCAAGAUUGUUUUUUGCCGUUGUGUUUUUUUAGUUCCAGGAUGCGUGCAGCUGUCUUGGCACUGCGAUGUGGCGAUUUAAAUGUCGUUGCUUUGAACCCUCUCAACGGUAACAUUACGACGCAAUGCUGUCACGGCCUUCCUUCGUACACAUUAAAACCUCUUGUUAAAGCGCUCA